AUUGAAUUAUUGUCCUCGGCAGGUGAACAAGUCCAGGGCCCUCCAGGCAAAAUGGGUCCUGCUGGUCCAAUCGGCUCAGAUGGUCCUAAAGGAGAGAGAGGGGAUCCAGGAGCACCAGGUCUGGAGGAUCUGAAAAACAUGGAGGCCAGGCUGAACGCCACUGAGAAGCUGGUGGAAGAACUGAAACAGCAGAACACAGAUUUAGUGGAUGAGCUGCAGGUUCUGAGAAGCAUGGAGGCCCGACUAAAUAGCACUGAGGACCAGGUGAAAAAACUACAAAAUAGUGGUAAUGAAGGUAACACAAAGGUGGCAUUCUCAGUCUCUCUGUACAAGUAUGGAAAAGGAUUCACAGGACCCUUCGACACUGACACCAUUGUAGUGUUUAAAAGGGUUCUCACCAACUUCGGUGAUGCAUACAACCCACUAACAGGAAGAUUCACUGCCCCGGUGGAUGGGGUUUACUACUUCAGUUUCACUGCAUUCGGAUUCGGUUCUUCAAUUCUAAUGGGCACGGCACUGUACAAGAAUGAAGAGCUUGUUGUGUCUGUGUAUGAAUAUCAAAGUGCUGGAGAUGACCAUGAGUAUGGAUCCAAUUCAGCUGUGCUGCAGCUUAAAGCAAACGACACCGCGUACAUUUACCUGCCCCAAGGCCGCAAGGUCUACGAUGAUGAUGUGGGACGCACCACUUUUGCUGGAUACCUGUUGUGGACAUUGUGAACUGAAAAAUAGAGAACUUGAGGCAGUGUUUUGACAUCUCUUAAUCAGUUGACUAGUUUGGGAAAACUUGAUUUUUGUGUCAUCGUUAUUAAUUGUGCUUGCUUCUUACUAACAACUGUUUGAUUUAAACUGUUUAUGUAAAAAAAUAUAUUAUUUGUAAUAUCCUGCUAAUUGUGAUUCUAUUUCAAUUUUUUUUUAUUAUGUGUAUUAUCCUGCUAAUUGUGAUUCCUUUGGUUGCUCCAUACUUCUAUGUGAAACUGAAUUCUUUCACAUAGAUGUACAAAUGUCCUGCGAUUCAUUCAGCAGACACUCAGAAUGAGGCAUUAACUGUGUUUCCUACAUAGGCAGAUGCAGUUGCUGUAAUAUAAAAACGUUGACCGUAAUAAAAUGUAAGGCCUA